AUGCCGAACUCUGAAAAUCGACGUACCUCAAAGGCAUGUGAUCCGUGCAAACGACGGAAGGUCAAGUGCAAUGGUCAGGCUCGAUGCCAGCAGUGCACGCACGCCGGUUUACCGUGUAUAUACGCGACCAACCUACCCGAUCAGCGGCGGAGAGCUGUACGACGGGGUACGGUAAUUGCCGAAUGUCGUGCAUUGGUGUCCAAGUCGAGCGAUACAAGCUCGCUCCUAUCUUCCCGGACCUGUUCCAUUCAGAUUCCCCAGUCAGUCUCAUCGACCGAAAACCCAUCAUUCUUCCUGGAGCUCUUGAGCGAUUACGAGCGUUAUGUGUACCCGAUGAGUCCAGUAGUGCCAGCAGGUAUGGUAAGAGACAUGAUCACAAAUAUGGCCGACGGCGCCGAUGCCGCAUCAUUCGUCUACAUCUUCGCGGCGGUGACAUUGAGCUUGGCAAGAAGCGAGCCCGUUCAGGAUGCGCCCGCAACCCGCGACCAGAUAGCAAUGCUACUGACCCGCUCACUUGAGCUGCGUCGCCCAUUUGGGCUCGAGUCCCUGACUACUGUUGUGCAUGUCAUGCGAGACGUUUUUACAGAGAUGAGCUGCAUGACGCUGCGCCGGCCUGAAUUAGGCCACAUGUAUCUUCGCGAGGCGAUCUCAUUGCUGUACAUGUUGAACGCACACUCCGAGGAUGAUAUGGCCAGACUUGAUAUUGUACAACGUGCUCGCCUCCAACGGGCGUAUUGGGAGUGUUUUAUACAUGAGAGGUUCACUGCGUUGACAUACCACCGCCCACCAUCUUUAGAUCCCUUAUCUGCGUUGCCAGAUUAUGAUGCGUCACUUCCUGCGGAUGUCGAGAUUGGCUUUAACUAUUGUAUUAAAAAUUUCCUUCUUAUCGAUAGGAAAUUUCUUGAUUUUUGGCUAGGCGAUCGAUCAGGAGUCACGGCUGGAUGGGUCGAGGAGAAGCAGCAUCAACUCGAGGAUAUUGAUUGGCAUUGUGAAGUCUCCCGAUUGCCAAAAAUGCAGCAAGCAGAUCUCAUUAUUACGAGGCACUGGUUGCGCACACUGACAUGGCAAAUGGGUUUGUCUAAUACGCUGCUCUCCUCGUCACCUGGUUCUUCGAUCUUACUUUCGCUCUCUUUUCCGCUGCGCCUAUCGAAUCAGCUUCGCCAGUUCCUUGUUACCAUCCCACGUGAUCUUGUGGGGAUCCAUGGAUCUGGGAUUCUCAAGAAGCUUUUUGAGAUUGCUAGCACGAUAGCUGAUGUUGUGCUUCAUAUGCCAUACACACCUGGUGAUGAUACGGUGCAGCGCAUUCAUGAUAUUCUCUUUCUCAAGAAGUUUCUUUAUUCUUUUGCUGGAUUGCAGAGCUUGUGGCCGGAACUUUUGACACAGAAGUUUGAGAUGAUACGGGAUAAGUAUCCGGAGAUCAAAGAGAUGGAGCUUCUUGUAUGA